GCGAACAGGUGCACAGGAAACCCAAAAUCCUGAUGCAAACCAAAAACCAGAAACAAAAUGUAAUCCAAACCAAGUCACUACUCUCAGUGACUCACUAAGGUGCAAUAAUAUUGGUCGUGCAGAGGAUAAAGAAUAUAUGCCUAAAAUGUCAAUUGGGAGGGGCAGUAAACAGCUUGAAGCCUCUUUUUUGAAGAAUUGCUCACCAUCUGCCAGCUGCUGUUUGUUGUGAAGGGUACAAAUAUGGAGGACGGCGAUGCCUGCAGUCCAAAGAAAAGUCAAAAGAAGCAAGAUAAAUGGAGAGCAGAGAGACCCAGAGAUCUUUUUGAAAAACUGGAUUCUUUACCUGAAAGCAAGCAGCAGGAGAUCCAAAGGGCCCUCCAUCUUUUCUCUUUUGGACAAACUAUGCCAAGAACGCUGCAGCAGGCCAUGAGACGCACCUACAAGUUCUGGCACACCCAGCCAGUACCAAAACUUGGUGAACUGGUCAUAAGCCACGGCCAAAUAAGGGAGGGUGAAGCGAGUGCUCGAGAGGACCCCUACUCCCUGCCUCCAGGCUUCUCAUGGGACACUCCGGACCCGAGCAGCCCCUCGGUGCGGCAAGAACUUUGCACACUACUCAAUGGAAACUACACAGAAGAUGAUGACAACACCGUCACGUACGACUUCUCUGUGGAGUAUCUGCAGUGGGUCUUGCAGCCCCCAAAUUGGCUGGCCUACUGGUACUGCGGCAUCAGAGUGGAUUCCAACAAGAAGCUGGUGGGCUUCAUUGCCGCUGUCCCUGCAGAUGUGCAUAUAUAUGACACGGAGAAGCAGAUGGCGCAGAUCAAAUUUCUGUGCGUUCAUAAGAAGCUGCGCCUCAAGCGAAUGACCCCGGUUCUGAUCCGAGAGCUCGCCAGACGGGUCCAGCAGCGGGGUGUCUGCCAGGCGGUGUACACGGCGCCCGUAGUGCUGCCGACGCCGCUCAGCUCCUGCAGAUUGUGGCAUCGACCUUUGAACCUGCGUAAACUGAUGGAGGUCCAAUAUCCAGGGAUCCAGGGAGACAUGCCCCUGCGGAGAGCGCAUAAAUUCUACCGCCUCCCUGAAGACACAAAGACGCCAGGUUUGCGCCCGAUGACCAAAGACGACAUUGAGAGGACGCAUAAGCUUCUCCAAGCGAACCUCAGCAAGUUCCACCUCAAGGCCAGCUGGUCCCUAGAAGAAGUCGAGCACUGGCUUUUGCCCAGGGAGUAUGUGAUUGACACCUAUGUGGUGGAGGCUGAUGAUGGCGUACUGACAGAUGUGGUGAGCUUCUAUGGAAUCUCCUCCAAGGUGCUCAACCACCAGUUCCACGGCAGCCUGAGAGCAGCUCACCUCUUCUACGCGGCGUCAGCUGCCGGUGGCGACCUCGUCCAGCUCGUGGAGGACACGCUGGUCCUGGUCAAAUCUAAAGGCUUUGACAUCGUCAUUGCCGCCGACGUGAUGGAUACCAAGAGUUUCCUGGAGAGGCUCAAGUUCAGCUUCAGUGGCAAGAGGCUUCAUUACUACUUGUACAACUGGAGGUGCCCCAGAUUGAGUCCAGACAAGGUGGGCAUGGUGUUACCCAACUAAACUGCCUAAAUGGAGGAUCACGAGUGAGCAUUGUAAUGCCGAAAAGCCAAGAAUGCGUGUGGUCGAGUAAUCUGCUAGUCUGCAAACACACGGAAUCAAUAAAUUAAAAAAAAAAAACAUACAA